AUGGAUCGCAAACCACCCCAACCGCUUCAGCCAAUGCUAUCGGCGGACGAGAUUGUCCCCCUGAUCAAACGGUUUAUCGCAGAGCAAUCCUCUAUCCGCGACACCCUCGUAAAGGCCAUUUCGCCCUCUGAAGCGUGCUACCAGAACAUCAUUGCGCCAAUUCAAGCCGUCGAAGAUGCAAUCCAGGGAGAGGCAGGCGUUUACGCCAUGCUGCGCUACUCGGGCCCUGACGAGCUCACCCGCCAAGCAGUCCAAGAGGCGCAGGAAAUCUGGUCGGCAGCUGGCGGAGAGAAUUCCAAGCGAAAAGACGUAUACGAGCUUGUCCAAGCCGUCAAAGACAAGAACGAGGAUCUGGGGUACGAGGAGCGGAAGGUGUUGGAGGAUACGUGGUCGAGCUUUCGGCGUGCCGGGCAUGGAGCACUUGUUGAAGAGCAGAUCAAGACGUACCUCAGCCGACGGGAGAGAAUUGAAGAGCUGAAGAGGGAUUUUCAGAACAAUUUGAGCGGGAAGGGGACGGGUUUGUGGUUUGAGAAAGAUGAGUUGGAGGGUGUUCCGGCACAGGAGAUGGCAAGGUGGAAGGAAGAAGACGGGAAGAUGUUUGUGCCAUUGGAAAGGGGGGAUAAUGAAGCUGUCCAACGAUAUGCUGAUAACCCUGAGACGAGGAAGAGGAUGUUUGCUGCAUACGAUGUCAGGCUGGGUGAGAAUGUCCCCAUUUACAAGGAGAUGAUCAUUCUCAGGGACGAGAACGCGAGAAUGCUGGGGUACAAGAACCACGCGGACUUUCGAAUCAGGGAGAGAACUGCACCGUCGACGGAGUGGGUGGAUGACUUUCUGAACAAGUUGAUCAAGGAUUUGAUGCCGAAAGGGAAGACGGAGAUGGAACGGCUUGAAGCAAAGAAGAGGUCCCAUCUCGGUGUAGAGGAGGCGGAGAUUCUGCCAUGGGACUACCAAUACUACACCCGACUGCUGGAGGAAGAAGCCAACGUCGAGCACGAGUUGAUAUCGGAGUACUUCCCCUUGCGGCACACUCUGUCGUCGAUGCUGGGACUGUUCAACCAGUUCCUUGGGCUGGAGUUCGUGCCUGUGCCGGAAGAGGACUUGGUUGGGAAGCUUUGGGCUGAGAAUAUCGAAGUCUGGGGCGUUUGGGAGGGAAGAGGUGAGAAAAAAGGCGAGUUUGUGGGAUAUCUGUACGCUGAUAUCAUCUGGAGGAAGGGAAAGUAUCGUGGGAACUGCAAUGUCAACUUGCAAUGUAGCUACGUCAAAGAAGAUGGGACUAGAGUCUAUCCCGCCACAAUCCUCAUGUGCGCCUUCCAACCACCGUCAGCAGCAUCUUGUGCCCUUCUCAAACACCAACAAGUCGUCACACUCUUCCACGAACUGGGCCAUGCCCUCCACGACCUGAUCUGCCGAACGAAGUACACCCGCUUCCACGGCACCCGCGUCAAGCCCGACUUUGGCGAGGCCCCCAGCACCAUGCUCGAGAACUGGUGUUGGAUGCCGGAUGAGCUGGUCAAGAUGAGCCGGCAUUACACCCGCGUUGACCCAGCCUAUGCGGCCAAGUGGAGGGAAGACCACAAUGAUGCCGAGCUGCCUCCUGAGAAGAUUGACGAGAAGCUUGUGGAGCGAUUGGUCGAGAGCCGGAGCUUGAAUCGUGCCCUGUGGUUUUUGAGGCAGAUACUGUUUGCCAAGUUCGACAUGGAUGUCAACAACCAGAAGUCUACUGACGCAGUGAGGGAGUUGGAUGAGGUCAAGCUUUACAACGACCUCAAGGAGACUCUUACCAUGACCAAGAACCCCGAAAAGAAGAGUGUCGGAUACGUUCAGUCGAACCAUCUCAUCACGCUCUACGACGCGGGCGCGCACGCUUUCGCGGCAGACUUCUUCGAAUCCAACUUUGCUAAGGACCCGCGGGAUCCCGAGGCUUGGGACCGCUACCGUCACGGGAUCCUAGAGUACGGGGCAAGCAAGCAGGAGAUGGACUUCAUGACCGAGUUUCUUGGUCGUGAGCCUGGGCCGGGUGCUCUUCUUAGGAGUCUUGGGCUGUCCAAGUCCUGA